GUGUGAGCGCCCAGAGCAGAGCAGGAGGGUCACGGUGCAGAGAAGAAGGGAACUUUCUUGUGCAGCUUGUUCUGAAGUAGUGGAUACUUAUAAGAGAAGAAUAUCUUUGAUUUGAAAUGAAGGAUUCAUCGACUCCACACGACUAAAGAAAUUCGGGACAAUUCUACAUUUAUUUGCCUUCAACGACUCAUUUUGGUCACAGGUUUUGAACUUUUAUAUUUUUUAAUUUUGUGCUACGGGAUUUUGUUUUUAUAGCCAAUUAUGGCGGAAAGCAAGCAUCCUCAAGUUAUUUACUGCAACGACUCGCCCAAAAGAGUUUUGGUUUCUGUUAUUAAGACCACCCCUAUCAAGCCACGGAAAGAAGCAAUGACCCCGACCAGCCCUGGAUUCAGUGACUUUAUGGUGUAUCCGUGGAAAUGGGGGGAGAACGCGCAUAACGUGACCCUUAGUCCAGACUCUGUGAGCGGCGCUUCGUCUCCAACCGGGACCCAGACGGUCAGAGAGGCGGACACUGCUCCCUCUCCGGAACAGUUCAAGGAUGGCAUUAGGAGAGGGCGGCCCCGAGCAGACACUGUUCGCGAACUGAUAAGUGAAGGCGAGACAUCAUCGAGCCGUAUCCGCUGCAACAUCUGCAACCGGGUCUUUCCCCGAGAGAAGUCUCUACAGGCUCACAAGAGGACACAUACAGGAGAGCGACCUUACCUGUGUGAUUAUCCAAACUGUGGAAAGGCCUUUGUCCAGAGCGGUCAGCUGAAGACACAUCAGCGUCUUCAUACUGGAGAGAAGCCUUUUGUUUGUUCAGAGAAGGGAUGUGGAAAUCGGUUUACGCAUGCCAACCGCCACUGCCCCAAGCACCCUUUCUCCAGGCUGAAGAGAGAGGAGCCCAAGGAAGGUCAAGGGAACGCACAUAUGGUGGACAACAAGGCUGUGGCGGAGUGGCUGGCAAAGUAUUGGAAAACCCGAGAACAGCGCGCUCCCACCACCACCAAAGUGAAAGCGCAGGGCAAAGGGAGAGCUGAGGACCAGGAACAGCAAGAUCCAAUGGAAUUCCUUGAGUCCGACGAAGAAAAUGAAGAGGAGAUGAUGGCGGUGGAGGAGGAGAAGAGCAGUCAGCAAGGAGGAGCAGCUAAACGCCGCCUUCAAGAGCAGAGGGAGCGUCUCCAUGGAGCGCUGGCACUUAUCGAGCUCGCCAACAACCUAUCUGCUUAAAAAUCCAGCUGUUAUCCUGAAAAAAUCCACCUCCCAAUUUGCCUUCCUGUUUAAAAUGCUGUAGAAACACCUAAUAGGUUGGGUUCACAAUAUACUGGAAUGUGUAUAGUUUAAAAUUGGGCUGGACACAGGUCAGAAUUAUAUGGUGGUAUUUGCUGUCAGAGUGCAGAUUUGUUGACCUGGCUAAGGAUUAAUGGGCCUAAACCAUAGACUGUAUAAAGAAGUGGACUAAGGGAGUUUGAUGUCACCCAUAAUGUUCAGCUCCAGUCAAAUAAAGCUCAUCGAGGCUUGCUGUCGUGGGGGCACAUUUAGAGUGGCGUUCCAUAUUUGGAAUUCUGACCGCAAGUAUCAUAGCAACCAAAGAGCCAAUCUGGAGCGAGGCUGUUGAAGGUAAUGCCAACUUUCUGCCCGUACCGCUAGUUUAGCACGGAGCGGGCGCUUAGCAACACUGGCAAUCAAACCUGUUGCUAACACCAGCAGGAGAAAGAAGGCGCCUGAUUUUUUCUGUUAAUAAUGUUCAUAUCUAGAUUUACAGACACAAUAGUGAAAUAAAAACACCAGGAUCAUGUAGAGUGGGUUAAUAUGAAUAUCUUAAGAGCAAAAUAAUAAGUCUGAGAGCAGCAGUUAGAGAGAGGGGUGACAGUUUUUAAAUGUAAAGUGAAUAAGAGCCAGAGGCGCACCUAUGCGGACUUCUUAGCAGCUAGAAGGUUAGCUAUGUCCAUUUAUAUAUACAGUCUAUGGCCUAUUCACAUGAAACAAAAACUGACAAAGUUCAACACCUCUAUAAAACAAACAAAAGUGAAAUAAUUUUUUUUCACAAUAUAAAGUUAUGCCGUUAAUUAACUCAAACUCACUAAAGACAGGAUUGGUGUCAGUUGAAAGGCCUUCAACUCAUGAGAUUAAUAUCGCAGGUUUGUGGAGCCAAACCCAUACAGGUUCAACGUUUGUGGAUUUGGAUAUUUCUUCCAAAAAAUGUUAACGCCCAUAGAGUUACAUAGGCCUGUGCCCACCAUCUGAGAUUAUCUAAUUCUAGGAUGUGAACCAACCUAUUGCUGACUAGUUUAGCUGGAAAUAUCAAGUUUAACACCAGUCUUUGUUGGGGGCGCAAACUUUGAAAACCUAGUCCAGUUACAGCAACAGGGAGGCACAAGCUAACGCACCUUAUUCAAUAGCUUCCAUUUUAUCUAGGCUGCUAUAUUUUGUAGAUUUGACCAUAUGAAGAAUGUUGUUUUUUCUCUUUGUCUUGUAAAGGCAAAAAGGGGAGACUUUUAUGGUUUGAAUUUGUUUGCACUUUGAUGGUAACGAGUUUUGUUGUGAGUGUACGAGUGUGUGGAAGUGUAAGUAUAUAAAAUAUAUAUAAAGGAUAAAGCUCUGAUGGACAGACUGAUACAGGGUGUGCUCAAGAAUGGUUAGACAAACAGCUUUCUGUCAGCUUUGGUAAUGGCUGGGGGAGGUUUUGUGUUUGUAAUUCAGCAAAUUUUUUACAUAAAGCACGUUGACUUUUUUUUUUUUUUUUUUUUUUUUGUGAUUUACACAAAAACAUUGCAAGUCUAAUCCAGGUGUCUGUUCCAAUCCAAAUUCAAAUUAUUUCAGCAAUAGGCUCUGUGCGCAGUAACCCGCUGGCUAGUUCACUGUGUCUCAAAGCUAACAGUCACUUAUUAAAAUCAGAAAACAUAAACAACCUAUUUAAAUUCUGAAUUAAUUAAAAUAACAAUUACUCAAUUAUUCUUAAAUGCAGAAUACUUCAGUUUGUAGUGUUGUUUUAAUAUUUAUUAUGCCUCAAAAUUAGUGUUAGCAUUGAGACACAAACAUCUCUUUUGAAACAGAAGUGUCCUCUGGUGAAGUAUUCAUUUUAUUUAUGUAGUGUUUAACAUGGUGUCCACUGUCUCAUCUUUAAAUAUUCAUUUUAGCAUAACUUUGCAAAAACUUCAAACACGAACAGUGGGGUUGCUGGGCGCUAUUGUGCACAGAGCCUGUUAACGUUAAAGUUUAGACUAAUAUCAAGUCAUAAACUGGUCACUUAGUAGUUUCCAAGUACUUUUUCUCAACAACUGACUUCUAAUAUAACUGACAAAUUGUUAAUGUGGAAUAAUAUAUACUUAAAAAUGUGCUAUGUAACUUUUCUGGUGGAGGGUCUGCCACGUGCUCGUCACCAUAGAGAUGCUUUAGCUAUGCCUAGAAAGUUCCACAUACAGCAUAAAAUAUAAUCAUGGAAGCAAGCAAGUGGCACCCUCGAGUAGGCAUGGGACGAUACUGAAAUUCACAAUUAACAAUAAUGUCAUGACAACUAUUGAAGUUGCUGACACUUUAAAAAUGUUAUGGAUAUGAAUAAUUCAAAUUUUAAUAUUAACAGGUUUCAUAUUUAAACUGUUAUAGUUAUUACUGUUUAUUGUCCCAUCCCUACCUCCAGGACAAGUUACAGUUCAGAUCUGUGGAGCGACGAUGCAUGAGAAGCACUUAGCUGUAACCACACCAACCUUUGGAUUAAGCUUGCAAUGCACUGAUGAUCUGAAAUGGGUUGUAUCCAGAGAAAACUAGGUGUUUGUUGGAUUGGACUAAUUCAUUAACAACACUACAUCCGUAAACACUGUACUAAACCGCUCACAAACCCUGCCUUUAAUAGAAUUCUUCAUGAUUUCUAUUGUGUAGAUGCAUGCUCUUAGCCUCAUGAAAUCUGUGUCAAACUGGAAGUCAGCUUACAUGUUGAUAAUCAAAACGCCAAAUGAUUUCUUAUAUCCAUAGUGUGUUUCUAACCUUAGUUUGUGUUGUGCUUGAUGAAAAUGAUGGUAAUUAAUAUAUACAUGUUUGUUAGAGGAUGCAGUGUGCACAAUUUACCAAAAGCUUUGAUUUUUAGUAUUUCUCAAUGACCUGCAUUUCUAUUAAAUCAGUAGUUUCAUCCUUGCUUUUUAGGGGUAUUUUACAGACAUGAAAACCUGUCCACACUGUUGAAAUUGUUGAUCUUCAAUAAACAUUCACUGAAUCUCAG